CCUACAAAGCCUGAGAUAUUUUCUCUCUGGCCCUACUUUGGUGCUUGCUCUAGAGGGAGUGAUUAAGAGUGCAGACUUUGGAGUCAGAUGGAACUGGGCUCAAAACUCAGUUCGUGUGCUUGUAAAAUGGUGUAGCCAUUUAAUGAGAAGAGGUAAACUCAGAAGAGCUGACUUAGGUAAUUUUGCCUUCUAUCAAGGAGAAACGAGCACAAUUAGAAGUUUCUACAGUUCUUUUACUUGACAGUGUGAUAACAGAGAAUACAAGAAUGCGCCUAAAGUGAAACUUUAUACAAUAUCUAACUGCAGUUACCGUAAGCAACCUUGUCUCAGUAUUUUUGCACAUGCCACUUACACUAGUGAGGACUCCUGAGUGCCAGGACCAGCACUCCCAACACAAACUGGCUUAAACAAUGAAGGGGAUGGUCUCUCUCAAAACUGAAAAACACAGAUAUAAGGCAUGUUUCAAGCUCCACUGCUCUGAAAUCUCUGCCUUCUUUCCUGUACCGGCUUUGUCCUCAUGCUGGCUACGGGGACACGGCUGUAGCGGAUCCAGACCUCUCAUCUUUGUAACACGUGGACACCCCCAACCAGUGAACCAGAGACUGAGCUUCACUCCAAUCGGGCCAAUCUCAGGUCUCCCACCAGCCCCUGAACCAGUCUCAGUGGAAUGUUACAUGACAUCUCUGUUGCUUGCUGAGUAAUCAGACAUGUAAACAGGACCUCAAGAAUCAAGCUACAUUUAAAGAAGACUUACUUAGAAACACUGGAGAGCACACCAUGGAGUGCAAGACUGAGGGAAAAGAAAAAUACCAACACAGCUUGAAUUUACUGAAUAAAAUUAAGAACAUGAAAGAACUAGCAGAGAUGAUUGAUGUUGUACUCAUCGCAGAAGGGGAGAAAUUCCCUUGCCACAGGCUGGUCCUGGCUGCAUUUAGUCCUUAUUUCAAAGCGAUGUUUACCUGUGGACUACUUGAGUGUACUCAGAGGGAAGUCGUACUUUAUGACAUCACAGCAGAAAGUGUGUCGGUGAUAUUAAACUAUAUGUACCAUGCAGCUUUGGAGAUCAGUAAUGCCAAUGUACAGACUGUGGCUAUGGCCGCCUAUUUUAUGCAGAUGGAGGAAGUCUUCAGUGUGUGUCAGAAGUAUAUGAUGGACCAUAUGGAUGCCUCGAACUGUUUGGGUAUCUAUCAUUUUGCAAAGCAGAUUGGAGCUGAGGAUUUAGCUGAUCAAUCGAAGAAGUAUUUAUAUCAGCACUUUGCUGAGGUGAGCUUACAUGAAGAGAUACUAGAAAUUGAAGUGCACCAAUUUCUGACGCUUAUUAAAUCAGAUGACCUGAACAUAUCCAGAGAGGAGAGCAUUCUGGACCUAGUUCUGAGAUGGGUAAAUCAUAACCGAGAACUGCGCACAGAGCAUCUUGUGGAACUUCUGAAGCAAGUUAGGUUGCAACUGGUAAAUCCUUCUUUUUUAAGACAAGCCCUGAAAAGGAACACAAUGCUUCUGUGUGAUGCAAAUUGCAUUGACAUCAUUCAAAACGCAUUCAAAGCCAUCAAGACCCCUCAACAGCACUCUCUCAAUCUCCGUUAUGGCAUGGAGACUACCAGUCUUUUGCUGUGCAUUGGCACCAAUUCUUCAGGAAUCAGGUCGAGACACAGGAACUACGGAGAUGCCAGUUUUUGCUAUGAUCCUGCAUUGCGCAAGACCUAUUUCAUCUCCUCUCCCAAGUAUGGGGAGGGUUUAGGCACUGUGUGUACUGGUGUUGUCAUGGAAAACAACACUAUCAUUGUGGCUGGAGAAGCAAGUGCCUCUAAACUCUCCAGACAAAAGAGCAAGAAUGUUGAAAUCUACAGGUAUCAUGAUAGAGGAAACCAGUUUUGGGAAAAGUUAUGCACAACAGAAUUUCGAGAGCUCUACGCUCUGGGCACCAUCCAUAACGACCUCUAUGUUAUAGGAGGACAGAUGAAAAUUAAAAACCAGUAUCUUAUUACAAACUGUGUUGAUAAGUACUCUGUAGAAAGGGACACUUGGAAAAGGGUGUCCCCCCUUCCACUACAGUUGGCGUGUCAUGCUGUAGUAACAGUGAAUAAUAAACUUUACGUGAUUGGAGGCUGGACCCCUCAGAUGGAUCUUCCUGAUGAAGAACCUGAUCGAUUAAGCAACAAGCUGCUGAAGUAUGACCCCAGCCAAGAUCAAUGGACAGAGCAGGCACCCAUGAAGUACUCAAAGUACCGAUUCAGCACAGCUGUGGUCAACAGUGAGAUUUAUGUUCUGGGUGGAAUCGGCUGCAUAGGUCGAGACAAGGGUCAGGUUCGGAAGUGCCUUGACACAGUGGAGAUCUACAACCCGGACGGGGACUUCUGGAGGGAGGGCCCACCCAUGCCCAGCCCCCUGCUCUCACUUCGCACCAAUUCUACCAAUGCAGGAGCCGUGGACGGGAAGCUGUACGUCUGCGGGGGCUUCCACGGAGCAGAUCGCCACGAAAUUAUCUCCAAAGAGAUAUUGGAGCUGGACCCCUGGGAGAACCAGUGGAAUGUCGUAGCCGUCAACGCCCUCAUGCACGACAGCUAUGAUGUCUGCCUGGUGGCAAAGAAGAAUCCCCGCGACCUCGUCCCCCCACCUUCAGAGUCAGUGGAGGAGGGUGGGGGGCACUGAGGUCUGUGUCUCUGUGGGACCCCCAAGGUGU